UGUGUUUAUGAAUGUGUGUGGGGGGGGCGGGGGUUGCCUCUAGCCAUGCGUGAGCAGAGCUGGGAGACUAGUGUGCUUAGAGUGAGUGGACGCGGACGGACGACUGUCGUUGAAUCUGCCGUCGAAAACAUGUAAGCAGCCAAGGGGCAGCAGCGGACGGGGGUGGUGAGACCUGAACAGUGUCGCCGAGUUGCUGUUUUGUUUUAUUCGUGUUUUGUUUCGCCUUUUUUGAUCCUCGCGUCGAGACCAUGCAAGCUAUGGAGCCCAUAACAAAGUGGACGCCGAAGCAAGUUGUCGACUGGAUGAAAGGUCUGGAUGACAGCCUGCAGCAGUAUGUGAGUAACUUCGAGCGGGAAAAGAUCAGCGGGGAGCAGCUGCUGAAGAUCUCCCACCAGGACCUGGAGGAGCUCGGCGUCGCCAGAAUUGGACAUCAGGAGCUGGUGCUGGAGGCUGUCGACCUGCUGUGCGCUCUGAACUACGGUGUGGAGACGGACAACCUUAAGAACUUGGUAGUGAGGAUGAGAGCUGCCACCAACAGUCUACACAUGUCCACAUCGGACCGCAGGAAGAGCCCCGCAUACAACGGCAGCACCUCCCGCAAGCCCCCCAACGACUUCCUCACCUCUGUGGUGGAGCUCAUAGGCGCUGCAAAGAGCCUGCUGGCGUGGCUGGACAGGACACCCCUGACAGGGAUCAGCGACUUCACAGCCACCAAGAACAAGAUCAUUCAGCUCUGCCUGGAUCUGACCACCACAGUUCAACAGAUUGGCGUGGGCUACCCCAUCGAGGCUAACGUUAUUCAGCCACGGAUGAGAGAGCAUAAACCCUCGCGUGGGAAACCCCGUCCCCUCUCCAUGCCAGUGGACACCUGUCUUGGGGUGAUAGAUCCCUAUGCUAAGCCGUGGACACAUGGAAGGAAAGGCGAAGACCUCCUCUACAGAUACCUGAGCAACGAGAGGAUCCCCACCAUCGCAGAGGAGGUUCCCUCAGUGUCGCCGCCCUACAGGGCCGGGGGGGAACACCAACUAGUCAGAGGAGUGGACCGCAUCCGGGGCAGCCGCUACUAUUCCAACUCAGACCUCCACAACAGCGCCACCAUGCCUUACCAGGAAACCCUGAAGAAGGCCUCCGUAGCGCCCGUCUCCAAGCGCACGCCAGCAGAACGCUCGCUACUGGGAUCCAACUGGCGCUCUAGCAGUGACUUCCUUAAUAGAUAUAGUCAGCCACAAAUGCGGUCCUGGUCGUUCUCUCAAGCGGCUGCUUUUCCCAUCUCGCUGGCCUCCUCCAUGGCUGCUGAUGACUACAACCCAGUUUCUCUCAGGCACAAAUCUCGGAAGAAGAACCGAGGAGGCAAUGUGACAAUGAGCAGAAGAAGGAUCUCAGUCAAAGAGCUGGGCCGGCCGGACCACCAGGGCUGGCUUUACCGGAAGAAGGACGGGAAAGGCUUCCUCGGCAUGAAAUGGAAGAAAUACUGGUUUGUCCUCAAGAAGACGUCUCUUUACUGGUACACCAACCAGAUGGCUGAAAAAGCUGAAGGGUACAUCAACCUCACCGACUUCAUGAUUGACAGAGCCAUAGAGUGCAAGAAGAAAUACGCCAUCAAAGCCUGCCACCCACAAGUCAUGAUGUUUUACUUCGCUGCUGAGAGCCUGGAGGAGAUGAACAUUUGGCUGAACAAGCUUGGACUGGCUUCAAUCCAGUAUGAGCCAACAGACAGCAACACUGAAGCUGAGUGUUACAGUGAGGCCAGUGACCAUGAAGAGACAGAAACCACUGAGGCACCCCCUCCUCCAUACUCUGAACAGACCCUGCGAGACUCUGCGGAUGUGACUAGUCUGCCUGGCAGCAGCCAUCAGGGUACGCUUCCCCCACCUUACUCCUCCCUGCUCCCCGGGGAAGCCAACGGCUCGCUCUCGUCACCCGUCAGCACAAUGACGUCGCAGAGCUCCGCCUCCUCUCUUGCCAAACACCGGCAGUCCUGGUUGGACCUGGUCUCACAGGUCUCUCCUGUUGCCGGGGAGACAACAGUGGUGUGCUCAGUGCAGGUACACACGCAUCACCCCCCGCGAGAGGAGGAGGAGGAAGAGGAGGAGGAGGACGAGAGCCAGCUACUUUUACAGGGAACCUCGGCCACAGGUUACUCUCCAGAGACCAGGCCCGGUGAUGAACACCCCACCGCCGAGGGUCAGACACAGGUGGACCUUUCAGGCGCUGGAGAUGAAGGGCGUAGCGAAACCAGCUCAGAUGAGAUGGAGAGACUUUACAUCCACCUGAAGGAGGCUAGCCUUUCACCCAUUGGGGAUCGCAAACCGUCCACGAAAAGGGAGUUCAGGGCCUCCUUCAUAAAACGCUGUAGAAACCAGAACGUCAAUGACAAGCUGCACCUCAUCAGGACCCUAAAUAGCACGCUAAAGUCAAAAGAGGCAGACCUGCAGGCGAUACAGCAGGUGCUGUCAGACCAGGAGCUUACCUCAGGCAGGUUCAGAGAGUGGAAGGAGGCCAAUGCACCCCUGCUGCACGAGAUCUGUCUCAAGCACGACCAGCAGAGGGUGCAAGAACAGGCGAUGGACACAACAGUGGCAGCAGCAGCCAUUACUGCUCCUGUGGUAGAAACAAGUUUAUAAAGACGCCACACGAUUUGUUUCAGUAUCUGGUGGGGGGUCAGAAGGCCUCACACACAUAUACACAUAUAUUAACACACACACACACACACACACUAGGAGGCCUUACACAAGACCAUUGCCAGACAUCAGUGGUGAUCAAAUCAAGUGGAUGGAUCUACGUGUGUGUGUGUGUGUGUGUGUGUGUGUGUGGGAGGGGGGGGGUGAUGUUGCCAUUUUUUUAAAACGUGUUAUAUAUUAUUAGUGGGUUAGAGUAAAAUGUGAUGUGUGUAUGUUUAGUAUUACUUUAACUGUACUUCCAAGAUUUACAAAUUCAGUGGUCACUUGAUUUGAUUGUACAAUUUGUUUGUUUUUGUUUUUUUUCCGCUGGACUCCGAUUACAGUUUUAAGAUUUGAAAUGAUGGAACAUGUUGGAAUGCGUCCGUCUUUCUCUACCUGGAAACACUCCUUUCUACUGUAAGUGUUUUACUUGUUUUAAUUUGAUCUGUAGUUAAGAUUUUAAAUUAUUUUCACUCGUACUGGUGCCAUGCACUACCACUGCCUUUGCACCUAGGCUUAACAGCAGCUGUCUUAAAGCGUUCGGGCGUGAUACUGUUUGGCCUAGAGAUGUUAAGACACCUCUUACCUGUAACUUCUAUGUCGAACACCAAGCCCUAUACCAGCCAGCCGUGGCUAGUCGGGUUGGAAUGAAAACCUGCAUGCACAUGGCUCUCCAUGGCACAUGGUUAGCCACCCCCGCCCUAUACUAACACAAUACAUGUUGGAUACAUGUCACGGUGGUUUUAAUGAGCAUUUACCGUGUGUGUCAUGUCAUUCCUUCUGAAAGGAGGGCUUGUGAAUUGGCCCCUGGGGAGUCUCUGAAUGGUUUUUAAAUCAAGAUGUGUCCUGGAAGUUAUGACCAUGACAUUAUGACCAUGACAGAACAUGUGAAUAACCGUUUGAUAACAGAUUUCACUCUCCCCAGCUAUCUUGCUUUUAAAUAGUUGGACAAUUAAUCAAACCAAGGGAAAAACAGCCAAAACAGAAGAGUACAUAAAAUCUUGUAAGACCUGGUUCUCAAACCUAGUGAUACGUAUCAUUUUCUCCUGUUCUUGGCUUUAAGAAAUGUUGGGGGGUUCUUGCGGCGAAGCCCACUAGAUAUACCUUCUUUCAAAAUUGAAGGCUAAAAAUAAAGAAAUCUGAACUUUAAGUGUGGAAUUUUCAGCCAACAAAGAUAAUACAGUUAUUUUAUCGACAGCCAACAUGAACAGUAUGUGGGGACUUUGUGGAACCAGCUGGAUGUUACAGUGUUGUUUGCUUUUGUUAUUUAGUAGGCUUGACUCCUUUUCCAAGCAGUAUCCUGUAAUAUAUGAGUUGAAGCGGAAUAUGUAUACUGGAUAAUGCAAUUUUCUUCGGAAAAUAAAACUGCCAUGGUGUUAAAGUCUGCUAAUCAAAGUGUAGUAGACUCUAAUGUGCAGUGGACUCUAAUGCUAAAGGUAAUGAAAUGUAAAUUGCACAUGAAGAUUGUCCACCAGAUAUAGGCUGAUGGAAAGAUAAUUCAGUCUUUGACUCUGGAAUACCACCACCACCACCACACAGGUUUUUGUGCUGACCCUGAUGCGCCACCUAACUAGGCCUGCUUCAGGCCAAGCAGAUGCCUCUCCUCUGGGGUCAGCACAAACUGGUGGGACCCAAACACUGGGCACAAAGAUGCAUCUUUUCCCUUUUUGAAGGAUUUUUUUUUUUACUUGUAUUAUCUGUGAUGUGUGUUAAAUGUUAAUUGUUUAGUAUAAAUAGUUGUACAUAGACAAAGUGUUUUUGGUCUUGAAGUCACAGUAAUGUUGAAAUAAAGUAUUACUGCA